AUGGCCAGAGCAUUAUCUGUAACUGAUGAUGAUUCAACUAGUGAACAAAUAAUUGAUAUGGUUCGACUUAAUUUACAAACAACACCGGUAACUAAUCAAACUAAUUUAACAACAGAAUAUGAUCAAACAGAUGAUCAACAACAAACAAUCAUUAAUGAUUUUCUAUUACCGAUGAAUAUGGGUUUAAUAUAUGAUCCAAAUAAUGAAUCUGAGCAACCAAAUUUAAGUACUUUUAGAAAGAUGGAAUAUUUACUGGAAAAAAUGCAAGAUGAAAAUAAUGGUUUACCAAUUAAAUCUGUUAAAAGUUUUAUGUCAAAAAUCCCCUCAGUGUUUACCGGUGCAGAUUUAAUCCAGUGGAUAUUGAAGAAUCUUGAUGUAGAUGAUACGAUUGAUUCACUUCAUUUAGCGAAUUUGAUGUCGUCACAUGGCUAUGUUCUUCCAAUUGAUGAUCAUGUAUUAACUGUAAAAAACGACGGCACAUUUUAUCGUUUUCAAACUCCUUAUUUUUGGCCAUCGAAUCAUAUUGAACCAGACAAUAUCGAUUAUGCUGUAUAUCUUUGUAAAAGAACUAUGCAAAAUAAAACACGAUUAGAACUAGCAGAUUAUGAAGCUGAAAAUUUGGCACGUCUACAAAAAUUAUUUGCAAGAAAAUGGGAACUCAUUUAUAUGCAAGCAGAAGCACAAAUAAAAGUUGAUAAAAAACGGGAUAAAGUUGAACGUAACGUGUUGGAUAGUCAAGAACGAGCAUUCUGGGAUGUUUAUCGUCCAGCACCUGGUUGUGUUAACAUGACAGAUCAAGAUAUCAAAAAAUUAAUGAGACGUAAAACGAGCAGUAUUUGUCUUCAUAGUAGUUCACACUCAUUAUCGAGUAAUCGGCGUACAUCAUCUACAUCCGCUACAGCACCUGCCUCAGCGCUAGCAGCAGCUGCCAAUCGAAAUUUAAUAACAUUAACAGCUAGUCUCUUCUCUUCGGUAUCGCCUUCAUCUGCUGUCGUACGACCUACACAACCUCCACCACCAGCUUUACAUGAAUGUGAUGAAACACAAGAAAUUGAUAAUUUAGUUCAUGAAAUUGAAUUUUUAAAACAUCGUAUUGAACGUCGAUGUUUAAAAACAUCAAAAGUAUGCGAAAAUUAUAUAAAUUAUUAUGAACAAUAUACAGAAUUUGAUCCAUUUAUGACUCAAUCUGAACCAAGUAAUCCAUGGAUAUCUGAUUCUGUUGAUCUAUGGGAAAUGGAAAAAUUUGGUUCACGUGAAAUAUCAUCGAGACGAGUGAAACGUUGGGGAUUUUCUAUAAUGGAGCUAUUAAAAGAUCCAGUGGGACGUGAUCAUUUUUGGAAAUUUUUAGACAAAGAAUAUAGUAGUGAAAAUUUAAGAUUUUAUGAAGCAUGUAUCCAGUUAAGAUUUCAUAUACCACAAAAAGAUGUGGCAAAUAAAGUAAAAGAAAUUUAUAACGAAUUUUUAUCACCAGGUGCUUAUUAUUCAAUUAAUAUCGAUCAAAGAAUAAUGAAUAUAACCAAAAAGAAUAUAAAUAAUUAUCCGAACAGAUAUACAUAUGAUGAAGCUCAGGAGCAUAUUUUUAAUUUGAUGACGCGUGAUACUUAUAAUCGAUUUCUUCGUUCGGAACUUUACAGAGAACUACUUAUUGGUGGUAAAAAGAAGUAUGGUCUCAAAACUGGACGUCUAUCAAUUGUUCGACCAUUAGAAAAUUUAACAAAAUUUUCAACGACAUCACAACCGCAAUAA